CGAGAGGUGCUCUGCUAUAUAUAAAGCCAAAAUCUCUGCUUUUCCACCAGUUAGACACCAACUAUACAGUUUUCAUGAACAAUUGCAUAAUAGACCAAAGUUGGUGCUCCAAUUAGCACUGCUUGGUUGAUAUUGUUCACUAUUGUUUUUACAUAGUUGAUACAUAAAAACACACAAAUACAAUAAAAAUAAUUUGCCCUGUCUCAGUUUUGCGUGCCCAUUCUCAAAUUCAUUAAAUAAAGCACUAUGACCGUCAAAACAAAAUUGAACUUUCCAAUGAUUGUUGUCUCCAAUCGUUUGCCAUUCAUAUUGGCCAGAAAGGACGAUGGAAGUCUGGAGAGAAAGCAAUGUGCUGGAGGUCUGGUUACAGCCGUAUCGCCAAUUUGUGUUGAAUGCAAAGGGACGUGGGUUGGAUGGCCAGGAAUUCAGCUCAAGGAAGAUGAGAUUAUUCCAGAGUCCAGCCCUGAUGAUAAAUCGCCAACUUCUGGUCUCUUGUCUGAACAAGUGGAAAGCGUGGCGAUUGAUCCCAAUCUUUUUGACCUGUAUUACAAUGGCUGCUGUAACGGCACAUUUUGGCCGUUGUUUCAUUCUAUGCCAGAUCGUGCCGCUUUCUCCAGUGAGACAUAUGACGCCUACAAAAAAGUUAACCAGGUAUUUGCAGAAAGUACAAUAAAGGCUUUGAGACGGACGGUCGCCAGGUUGGACGACGAAAGGAAAACUGAUGUCGUUCCUGUGGUUUGGAUUCAUGACUACCAAUUAAUGCUUACAGCAAAUAUCAUUCGAAAGGUUGCAGAAGAAGAAGGCUUGAGAUUGAAAAUGAGCUUCUUUAUGCAUAUUCCGUUUCCAGCCUGGGACUUAAUGCGUCUAUUUCCUUGGGACGAUGAGAUCCUUGAAGGAAUUCUAGGUUGUGAUCUAGUUGGAUUUCACAUUGACGACUAUUGUUUAAACUUCUUGGAUUGCUGCCAGAGGAGACUAGGCUGUCGUGUCGAUAGGGCAAGAUUUCUUUGCGAACUAGACGGAAGAACCAUUCAUAUCAAAUCCUUACCCAUAGGAAUUCCAUAUGCGCAAUUUGCAGAAAUGAGUCGUGUGGCCCCCAAAGUGUUAAAGGAGAAAGAUCAACAAAUUAUUUUGGGAGUUGAUCGCCUUGAUUACACCAAAGGACUUGUGAAUCGAGUUAAAGCAUUUGAACGUUUGUUGGAGAAACAUCCCGAGUAUAUGGAAAAAUGCAUUUUCUUUCAAGUAGCUGUUCCUUCACGGACAGACGUGAAAGAGUAUCAAGCUUUGAAGGAGGAGAUGGACCAGUUAAUUGGAAGGAUUAAUGGAAGAUUUUCUAAAAUAAAUUGGAGCCCAAUACGAUAUAUUUAUGGUUGCAUUUCUCAAGAACAACUUGCAGCCUUUUACAGAGACGCGUCCGUGGCGCUUGUCACUCCACUUCGAGAUGGAAUGAAUCUGGUUGCGAAAGAGUUUGUUGCCUGUCAGGAUUUGUCCGACCCUGGUGUGUUGAUGCUUUCACCUUUUGCGGGUGCUGGAGGUAUGAUGCAGGAAGCCAUCAUUGUAAAUCCGUACGAGAUAGAUGAGGUCGCAGACCAACUGCACCGAUGCCUUAGAAUGCCAUUUGAUGAACGUUCCUUACGCAUGAAGCAACUUCAGCGUCGAGAGCAGGGGCUGGAUGUCAAUCAUUGGCUUAACAUGUUUCUCAUCUCGAUGGGAUUGUGCGAUUUGAACAACAAUCCCUCAUCAGCCAACAAAAUGGCACCGCUGUCCGUGGAUGACUUUGACUACUACCUCUCCGACUAUGUGGAUUUUGACUUGGAUCAAGAUAAGAAAGUUAAGUUAAGCCUGAUCCUCGAUUAUGAUGGCACAUUGGCACCCAUUGCGCAGAAGCCUGAACUUGCCAGAAUGCCAGACGAAACAAGGGAAGUGCUGAAACGUCUGGCCAGAUACUCUCAGGAUGUUAGCAUUUGUGUGAUAUCGGGUCGAAGUCUAAUCGACCUCUGCGACUCGAUUGGAAUUCGUGGAAUUACAUACGCGGCUUUGGAUGGUUUAGAAAUUUUGAGCCCUGAUGGCACAAAAUAUUUACAUCCAAUCACAGCUGAACAUGAAACACGAAUCGCACAUCUCUUAAAGUCUCUGCAGAAUGAGGUUUGCAAGGAAGGAGCUUGGGUAGAGAACAAGGGUGCCCUUCUUACAUUCCAUUACAGGGAAUGCAAAAAGCAUGUUCGUGACGCCUUCAUGAAAAGAGCUACAGAAAUUUUUUUAGCCCAUGGAUUUCAACCCCAUAAAGCACCAAUGGCGUUGGAAGCUAAACCCGAAGUCAAGUGGGACAGAGGCCGUGCUUCUAUUCAUAUCCUCAGAACAACGUAUGGAAUAGAUUGGACUGAUCGAGUACGAGUAAUUUACUGUGGCGAUGAUGCAAAUGACGAGGCUGCUAUUGAGACGCUGUCCGGUAUUGCGUGCACCUUUAAGGUGCAAAGUAGUUCCACAAGUGCUUCUAGGACUGGGGCGAACUACCGACUUCGAAGUUCCGAUGAAGUUCUCCUCAUGUUGAAAUGGAUUGAAAAGAAACUUUCACUCAGACGAUCCCCGUCUCCAACCUCCCCCGUCCGACCUAACAGAAUAUCCAUGAGCUUUUCUUUCGAUGAGAGUGACGAUGAGAUGAGAAGGAUCAGAACCAACUCGAGAGGAAGAACGCAAAAUAUUUUUAGGAGAACGCGAAAACUUGAGCAAGGCGAUGCAGACAAUGAGAAUUUCAUUGUAGGAAAGUCCGGUGAUAAUAAUAUUAGUCCUACGAGUUCUCAACCACCCUCUCCCUCAUCCUUAGCAGUGUCUGAAGAUUUAAAUAGAUAUAUUUAAACACGACCUGUAAUUGUAAGCCUAAGGAGCUAAAUUAUUACUAUAUUUAGGCAUACGUAUUUAUGUAUACUAUUACCCGGUUGAUAUUUAUCAUAUAGAUUUUAUUUUAGUUAGUACUGACUGUAAGUUUAUUAGACUAGAUUAAUCAAAUCACUCAAGUAAAUUGAACGAUUUUAUAUAGAUUAACUGAAUAAUAUAGAGCUAUCAAUCAGAUAACGUGCCCAUGGACUAAAUAUAUGCUUAUUAUAUUACGAGUUUUUCAAGCCUUUGUAAUGCAAUGAAUGGUCGUAAUAAAUCUAGUUGUUUGGUUUUUGCGUAAGAAAAUCCAUGCAGGUA